UGAAGAUCUCGAGCUUAUCACUUCAUCUAGUGAUAAUAUAGGAGAUGCAGUUAGUAUAUUGAUGGAAUCAAUCCAGAAAGACCUUAAAGAGGUACCUUCCUUGCCACCCAAUUGCAGCAUAUUCCGAGUUCCCACGCCUCUGCGCAAAGUAAAACCAGAAGCCUACACACCUCGCAUGGUCUCCAUCGGCCCUUUUCACCGUUCCGAGAAACACUUACAGCCCAUGGAAGCACAAAAGUUGCGAUACCUAAAUGAUUUUCUCGGCCGGGAAUGUCAGGUGGCAACCUUGAUCGAUUAUGUUAAGGCUAUGACUGGAUUGGAAAAUAGAACUCGGCGAUGUUACGCAGAAAUCAUCCAAUUCAAAUCUGAAUUUGAAUUUGUGAAAAUGAUGCUAAUUGAUGGCUGCUUCAUUCUUGAACUCAUCCUUAGAACUAAUUUACAAAAGAAUGAGCCCAGACACCUUGAUGAUCCGAUAUUGAAUGCGACAUGGAUGUCUUAUAUUAUAAAAUGUGACCUAAUUCUACUUGAAAAUCAAAUUCCCUUCUUUGUUCUUGAACAUCUAUAUGACCUAUUCACAGGGAAUUCUUAUUCUAAUGGACUUGGUCCUUUCACCUCCAUUGCCCGUCUAUUCUUCCAAGAUUUUGUUCCACAACCUCAAACCAUUAACCCCAAAAGUUCUCGAUUUCGACGGAUUUUUGAAGUAGCAAAGAAUGUCUCUGAUUUUGUUUCAGUUACAAGGAGAUUGGGGAAAAAAGAAGUAGGGGUAGACAUAGACACACCAUUACUCAAUUCAGUGGAAGAACCUGAAGAAAACUCUCAAGCAAAGCAUUUGCUUGAUUUUGUAAGAGAUUUGCUGCUCCAAUCAUCUUCAAGAAGGCCGCAAAAUCCAGGUGAAUUUAAACAUACCCUUACUGCAACAGAGCUUAAUGAGGCUAGCAUCAAGUUUGAGAAAGGGCCAAAGACAUGUUUGUUAGACAUAACAUUCUCCAAUGGAGUAAUGAAAAUUCCAACCAUGAAAAUUGAGGAUUGGACAGAGCCUCUACUUAGAAAUCUCAUCGCCUUUGAACAGUCUAGGGACAGCUAUGAUAAUUAUAUCACAGCUUAUGCCGCUUUCAUCGAUGGACUUAUCGAUUCUCCAAAGGAUGUUGAGUUGCUUCAGAAGAAGGGAAUUAUUGAGAUCUUGCUUGGAGACCCAAAAGAUGUGGUUGAGUUGUUUAAUAGUCUUCUCAAAGAGGUUUCUCCUACUGUAAUUGAUGGUAAUUUUUAUUUCUCUGGUGUUUGCCAUGAAGUGGAGAAAUAUUACAAGAUCCCAGUGCACAAGUGGAAGGCAAGUUUGAUGCUCAACUAUUGUAACUCUCCUUGGGCAUUCAUUUCAGUCCUUGCUGCAGUAUUUCUCCUCAUUUUGACCAUAAUACAAACCAUUUGUUCACUCCUACUACUGACAUGAAGUCAGUAUCUGUCAUGAAAGCUGAGGCUUUUCAAAGAUGGGAUUCUG